AAAGAAAAGAGCAGGACGCGUUACCUUGACAAAUUGAUGCAAUCGUUUCUGAGCUUUGGGAGAAUCGAGAAUAAAACAUUUUGUUUUUAUCAUUUCCAUUUGUAAAUUCUUCAAUACAUAUUGUAUUCCUCGGUGAUGGGUGACAUUGGAAUAAAUGACCAUCAUCAAGAAACUAUCAUAAACUACUUGCGAUUUGCACGAUAUAAUCGUGGGCAAUGUUUACGUUCAGUUGACACAUGCUUCCAAGAAUAUAAAGACAGUCGUGUGCUGGAAGAUACCUACACCUUAGAAGAAGUCUUCGAGAUGCUUGAAAGUCUUCACUCCGUUGUCAGGGCUGAGGUUGAAUCAGAACUAAUCAACACUGCUCAUACAAAUGUUCUAUUAUUAAGACAAGUGUUUUCACAAGCAGAAAAAUGGUACCUUAAUUUGCAGGCUGAUAUAUCAGAAUUAGAAAACAGAGAACUUAUUGCGGAAAUUGCAAAAUUUGAAGAGAGAGAGUUUUCAUCUCGAAAGUCAGUUUCACAGACAUCAGUGUCAUCCAAGUUGGCUCAAAAACCGAAACUUGAACCACUUAGCGAUGGAAGCGGUUCGGCAUUGUUGCAAAUGGAAAUAAACCGGCUGAGAGAAGAAAACGAUAGGUUGAAAGAAAAGAUUAAAGUUAGCGAGUCCAUGGCUACGAGCGUGUUAGACGAAAAAAGUAAACUAAAAGCUGAUCUAGCAAAGACUCAAUCAGAGCUUUUGGCAAAGGCUCGAAAUGCCGAAGGUGAUGAACUAAAAGAACUGGAGAUGCAAAUGAAGUCGGUGAAAAUGGAAAUGGAAACAGUCAAAAAAGCCAGUUCCGCUGGCAGUGAAAGAAUUUCAGAGGUAGAAGCAGAGCUCACGGACGCAAAGCACGAGAUUCUACGCUUGCAACAUGAUUUGCGAGAAAAAGACCAGGAAUUGACCAAGAAAUUCAACGAGACAACGCAGUACAUCAAUUUGAAACAAAUGUUGCAAACUAAGAAUGAUCAGAUGAAAAAACUACGACAGCUAUUAAAGAAGUACCAACCUGAUUUCGAACCCUGAAUUCUCAUAAAUUAAGGACGUGCGCAACUUGCGGGCAUGUGAAAAUUUUAAUUUCCCAACUGUAGCUAUGUUAUUUUCAAAUAAAUUAUUCUCACAUUGGGAAACAUCUUGUCGAUUUCCUAUUCUAGUUGAAUUUCUGGCUUCUACAGUUCUACUACUUAUUUUUCGAGUUUUCAUUACACUCGCUAUGUAAAAAGUUUGUGGUGAAUAAAUCAUAUUUUUAGUCGUUUGA